CAAGACGCCACCGCGACACUGCCUUGCGCCAGGCACCGGCAAUUGCUCCCCCCCGUUUCCGCAAUGGCCGAGGACAGAGGAACAACAAUGACCAGCAAUGACACAGACAGGAGGCAUGGCUUUCGUGCGUCUGCCCCCCCCUGUCGGCGCCUCGGGCGCCGCUCCCUGGCGCGCCAAGGGGAGGGGUGUGGAUGGAGUGCCGGCCCCAGAAAUCCGCGGACCUCUGAGUUGUUGUGUCAACCUCGUACUCAUGUUCGUCCUGAGGAGCCAGAGAAGGCCGCCGACGUGACGGCCGAGGACGACCUCAAAAAGCAGUUCGAGGCAGCUCAGGAGUUCGUUAAAAAGGAGAACUCAUGGUCUCACAAGGUGCCCACCGAGCGGAAGCUCAACCUUUACAAGUUCUACAAGCAGUUCACCGAGGGCGACUGCACGGGCGACAGGCCCGGGAUGUUCUCCUUCGAGGCGCGCAAGAAGUGGGACGCGUGGGACCAGGUCAGGGGGAAAAGCAAGGAGGAGUGCAUGCAGGGGUACAUCGACGAGCUCGAGUCGCAGAAGAAGGAAUUCGGCGAGUGAGGCGGCGGGGCGCCUCCGGGCACCCCGACUCGCCGAUCCCUCGGAGAGGGCGGGUGCAGCUGCUUUCUUAGAAGCCCCCCGCCUUCAUUCUCUGAAGGCCGUCCACCCCCCCUCCGCCGCCUCCCCCCGCCCACUCGGCGGGCAUUCGAAAAGGGCAAGAACCACAUUCUCUUUUAGUGUGCGAGGCCAGGUGCGAGGGCACGUGGAUAGUCGGCGUUCUCCUGCUGGAGGACAUGCCCGAGCAGUAAUGGCUCAGUGCUUCCGCUCAUAGACGCUCUGGUUGAC